CAGAUUAUAACCAAACACUCACCGAAACAGGGAAGACAGGAGCGUGCAGGGCAGGAAGAAAGGGAUACAAGCGCCUGGGACACACUCUCUCUCCCCCUGUGUCAAUUGACAAGACAGAAAGAGGAUUACUCCCAGGUUGUUGUGAGAGAGAGAAGAAAGAGAUUGUGUUCCAAGAAGCAAGCGUUUCAGAGGACGGUGCUGUCACACAGGAGGACGACAAGGAGGAGGAGGAGGAGAAGGAGGAGGAGGUGUAAGUGAGCGUGUGGGUUCAAAACACACAAGCAAAGCCAGACGUGUGUGAGUGUGUGUGUAUGUCUGUGUGUGUAUGUGAGGGAACUAUCACAAUCAAAAGCCCAACAUCGUCUACAAAGAAACAGACUGACGUUUGCCAAGCCAUGCUGAGAACCAGGAGCCAGCCGAAGUCUUGCUGAACACCAUGGCCCAGGCUAAAGGGCGGAGAGAUGGUAUGGUGUCUUCCAACGAGAACAGGCGCCGGCCACUGUCAUCGGGUGAGGUGGAGGGCGUGUCGUGGCAGGGCCCACGGACCAUUUUCCUGCAGAAGAACUCACAGGGAUUCGGCUUCACUCUGCGCCACUUCAUCGUCUACCCACCAGAGUCGUCCCUCCACAGCCUCAAGGAUGAAGAAAAUGGAAAUCCCUCUGGACCAGCAGGCCGCCGGUGGUCUCGUUUGGAGCCAAUGGACACCAUCUUUGUGAAGAGUGUCAAAGAAAAUGGACCUGCCCAACAAGCUGGACUGUGUACAGGGGACAGGCUGGUGAAGGUAAAUGGGGAAAGCAUUCUUGGGAGAACCUACUCUCAGGUGAUCGCGCUCAUCCAGAACAGUGAAAACAUUCUGGAGCUCUGUAUUAUGCCAAAAGAUGAGGAUGUGUUGCAGUUGGUAAGUGCGUACUCCCAGGAUGCCUACCUGAGGGGCAAUGAGCCAUAUUCAGGUGAAGCCCAGAACCUCCCAGAACCACCGCAUCCCUCUUACCCGUCCACUAAACCCGGCUCCACGGUCUCCGAGUCCAGCCACACUGUCCUGGACAACUGGCAGUGCCGAUCUGGCCCUACCACCUCGCCACUUGAUAACCAACCCCAGGCUGCCUCUACCCCCACCUCCGGAUGGCCCGGGGGGCCUGAGGAUUCAAGUGGCCACUUUGCCCCGUCGGGGCGACACCGUGUUGGCUGCUCUUCAACCAUGAGUGCGCUGGACUUUCACUUUGCUAACCACAAUGCUGCCAUUGCCUCCGCAACACUGCCUACGCCAAGGAAGAGCAGCCUACCAGCCCGUGCCCACACUGACGCCCUCUGCCACCAGGCUCUGUCUGAGUGGUACUACAGCCAGGCCGAGGCCGCAGAGCGCAUGUCCCCCCGCCACCGCAGUAUUUCUCAGGAUCGUUUAGUGGAGCUGGGGCUGGGGUUGGCACUUGGCCCUGGACCUUCCUCUGUCCCCAAAAUAUCUGCAGGGCAACGCAGAAGAGAAACCCUGCUGCAACACCACCAGGCAGCUGCUGCUUCCCAUGAUUCCGUUUGGCUAGGUAACUGGGGGGGUGUAUCAGGACCAGGAAGCAGGUCGUGCUCCGAGGGCCUUAUGGCAGCCUACGCUGAAUAUGAGCAUAACUAUGGGCGUUCUGUUGAAACACUGGCACAAGCCUCUGCACUGGUCUUACCACACAAUGAACACACUUCACAAAGCCCAGAGAUGACAAAACUCAGCGAGCAGAUAGACCUUAAAAACUCAGAAGGGCAUCAGCACCAAACUACAGUGGCAGCCCCCACUACAACCUCCUCAGCAGUGUCUCCCAGUGGUAGGCAGUCAGGUCAGCAGGUAGCCGAACCCCAAACAAGGCGAAUAAAAGAGGAAGAGCCUGUGGGCUACAGAAGCUACAGUCCUUCUUUCUCCCACAAAAAUGGCCAUCCCCUCCAGGAGGCCCACUCCUUUAAAGAGCCCAGCUACAGUGGGCCCCACCUCAACUUGAGCCCCAGCAUCAGGUUCAUCACUGCAGACAGCAAGGGGCAGAUGGUACCCAGGCCCAAGUCCACACCUGCCCUGUCUGCAUCAGAGGAGGAGAGAGCCAGGCUUGGGGUGGACGGGGAGGUCGUCUCUCCCAUCUCCCUGAAUCAAGAGGUGGUCCUUCGGCAGAAGAAGCCUCCUUUAGGCCACCGGACCCCUGUUCAGCCUCUUCGGCAUCCCCACUACACAACAUUUGUGGAGUCACCAGAGCCCCCUGGAUCAACACCUUCACCAGGGACCCCCUCUCCUGUGUCCGGGGGACCUGCCCCCAGCCGUAGGGCCAAUGGAAGCCUGGCACGGCAUGCAUAUGACUCUCUGUCCUCAAUUCCCUUCAUAGAUGAGCCCACCAGUCCUAGUACUGACCUAAAGGCCUGCUAUGUACCAGCCUGCUCUGUGGUGUCCGGUUCCAAGGCCUCCACUGUGGCCAUCCUCAAUUCCACCUCUGUCUUCCCCACCCUCUCCUCCAUCUCCUCCUUUGUCCAACUUCAUUGUCAGGACUGCAGCAGCAUCAAAGGUCGUCGCUCCUCUUACCUACUGGCCAUCACCACCGAGCGAUCCAAGUCCUGUGACGAGGGGCUCAACACCUUCAGGGAAGAAGGUCGAGUCUUCUCCAAACUACCAAAAAGGGUCAAGAGCUUUUUCACUGACGGGUCUCUGGAGAGCCUGCGAGCUCAGGAGGAGGCCCGGUCCAAACGCCACUCCACCUCGGAACUGGGAACCAUCACUUUCAGUGACGUGCGCAAGGAGGGCUGGCUACACUACAAACAGAUCCUCACGGAGAAGGGCAAGAAAGUUGGUGGCGGCAUGCGGCCAUGGAAACGCGUCUUCUCCGUGCUCCGUUCCAAUUUGCUCUUCCUCUACAAGGACAAGCGAGAGGCGGUCCUUCACGGGGCUGGGGCGGGGCCCAGCCAGGAGGAGCACCCCCCCGUCAGCAUCCGCGGCUGCCUGAUCGACAUCGCCUACAGCGAAACCAAGCGUAAGCACACCCUGCGGCUCACCACGCAGGACUUCUGUGAAUACCUGCUGCAGGCCGAGGACAGGGACGACAUGCUGGCCUGGAUCAGGGUGAUCAGGGAGAACAGCAAGACCGACAACGAGGAGAUUGGGUUCUCAAGACAAGCUCUCAUCAACAAGAAGCUGAAUGAUUACAGAAAACACAGUCUGACAGGUAACAAGCCAGAUUCCUCUCCCAGAGGCCACCGUAUGAUGCCUCCCUUCCUCCUGGCUAAGACUGACAACAUCUUAGUGAACCGUACAUCCAGAGCAGAUGACUGCAAGGCAUUGUGGGGCAUCAACAUCAUGAAGAAAGCCAAGAAGACAAGCAGUCCAAAGGCUUUUGGUGUGCGACUGGAGGACUGUCAGCCCGCUGUCAACCAUAAAUUUGUCCCCCUGACAGUGGAGAUGUGCUGUGGCAUGGUGGAGGCGACCGGCCUGGAGUACACCGGCAUCUACCGGGUGCCCGGGAACAACGCCAUGGUGUCCAACCUGCAGGAGCAUCUCAACAAGGGCAUGGACAUCAACACGGCUGAGGAGAGAUGGCAGGACCUGAAUGUGAUCAGCAGCCUGCUCAAGUCAUUCUUCAGAAAACUGCCCGAGCCUGUGUUUACUGACGACAAAUACAUUGAUUUCAUCGAUGCCAACCGAAUAGAAGACGCAGAGGACCGACUGAAGACCAUGAAAAAGCUGAUUCAUGACCUCCCUGAUCACUAUCAUCACACCCUCAAGUUCCUGGUGGGUCACCUUAAGAAGGUGGCAGAUAACGCUGACAAGAAUAAGAUGGAGCCAAGAAACUUAGCACUAGUGUUUGGUCCCACUCUGGUGAGGACGUCAGAGGACAACAUGACGGACAUGGUCACUCACAUGCCUGAUCGCUACAAAAUAGUGGAGACACUUAUCCUGCACUGUGACUGGUUCUUCAGUGAAGGAGAGUUUGAUAAGGAAGAGAAGGCCCCAGAGGAUAAGCGGGACAUGCAGCCUGUGCCUAACAUUGACCAUCUGCUGUCCAACAUCGGCAGGCCGGGUAUGCCAGGAGAGGCAUCUGAUUCCACUACCAGUGAUUCACUUAAGUCCAAGCAUUCUUCCAACCCAAAGAAAGACUGGAAUGCCAGGGACUUAAUGCCCAAGUCCAUCAUCACUGCUGUUGCCCGAAAACGUAAAAAAUGCCUCAGUACCUACUUGCCCGGCAGCAGCGCCGAUGAGGACUCAGAGCAUGAGCCAGUCAAAGCCAGUAACUGCAGGGGAGGAGAAGGAGGAGAAGAAGAGGAGCGAGGGGAAGGAGAGGAAGUCAAGGGAGAACAUAUUUCCAAAAAGGAAAAAUGGGAAGAGAAGGAAAAUGGGGUGAAAAAUGGAGAAAAAGUCGCAGUAAAAGAGAGAGAAGGGGCUGGAAAGGAAGUGGGGAGGGAAGUAGGCAAUGGCACCACAAAUUCUGAAAGUGAGAGCAGACAGACAAUGACCUUGCCGCGGACCCAACUGCUGCUUCGCAACAAGCAUCUCCACUCACAACACCAAAUCCAUGCCAGACACCCAAGGCCCUCAUCUAUGAUAAAUCCUCCUUCCCACUUUAGAGGUGACAAUCUGGCAGCAGGACGUCCAACAGUGCCCUUCUGGAUCUCCCCCACCAGGCCUCCCAGCCUCUACCAUGCUUCCAGCUUUCAUGGGACCCAGCAGCCAGAGUGGAGCCAGCCAUCAGCAGUCUGCUACAGGAAGACCAGAGGAGGGAGGACGAGGGCUAUUUCCAUGAAUCUGGAACUUGAGCUGAGCAGGAAUGAUGACAGAGUCAGAGGAUGUCGAGCGGAGAGGGUGGAGGUGAUCAGAGUCAUUGAAGGAGCACCAGGUCAGCAUGGAUAUGUCAGGGUUCCUCAGGGAUCAACUGUUGGCCCCAGGUUAAGGCCGCAAAUAGAUACCCUCCCUCGUCUGCCCCACCGAGCUCCCCCUCUCUCCUCUUCUUCACCUGGAUGGAUCGAUCAAAACGCCCCGGGAUCCUCCUCUGUAGUCAUGAGGAGAUCGGGACUGGACCCACGGGACAAGACGAGAGCGCAGCGUCGUCAUACAGUGGUAGUUUAAUCUGACCGUUUCACCCAUUAAUGCUUUACCAAGUAGUUCCCACUUACCCACCAACACUGGAUAACCUGUGUCACUGCAACUAAAGCCGUCCGUCAUGUUACUAAGUCGACUCAAAAAAUCGCUUCCCUCUUGUGUUUCUGCUGGUAGUAAAGUUGGAGAAGGAAUCCCAUGGUUUAGGAAUUCAUUGACACCGAGCAGCUUUGAAGUUUCAUAUUUGUAGCUGGUGGUGAACUUAUAGCUAACAGGCUAACCAGCUGGCAACAUGCUAGCAUUAAUUGCUCAGCAUAUUUCUCUGAGCUAAAUCGCUUGUUAUUUCACUGUUUGGUGUAUGGCUAACAAGAUACCAGUUUAAAACCAUCUGCGAGACAUUCCCCUUCAGUGAAAUGUUUUGCUCUUGCAGAAUAGGUUUCAUAAAAAUUGCAACAGGUCAGACUGCCACAUAAUUGCUCCGAAUAAAACUUGGUUUAGGCUAAUCGAAGUAAAAAGCACCAAAACAAGGUAUGGGUGGUAAGGUUUGUAUCUUAUCUUCAAAGAUGAUUUGAUGCAAACUUAUUUUUUCUAAAAUCAAUGACAAUGCAGAUGGUGUAAAAGCUGAGACAUACCAUUCACACAAGACAUUGGAAAUUCCAGCUUAACCUUCAACAGCAAACUACAGAGCACAGUCAUCAGCAAUGUUUUUCAACUGCGCUGUACACUUGUUCGUGCCCCCUCCACACCCUCCUACCUCCCACCUCCCACUAGUUUUCACUAAUGAUGUCUUUGUUGGGUAAAUAUCACAGUGCACAGAUGCAGUUUAAGUCCACCUCUCUGCCUUUUAAAAGCUCUCUCCAAGUCCUCCUGUGGAUCUACAGCGAACUUCAGUGAUCAGUGGGAGUAAAAAGCGAACUCACUUUCUGGAUGAUGUGACGUGGGCAUUACGUCGAAGCUUCCAUGGACUGAAACAUUGCAUGCAUGGGGUUGUUGACAUAUAAAAAUAUGCAAAGCCUAAGUGUUCAACACAAGCCUGUUGUUCUUCCCUCUGUGUGUGUGUGUGUGUGUAUGUGUGCGUUCAGAGUUUUGAGGAUACUGACGACUGAUUCGUCAGAGGAACUAAGUGUUUGAGGCAGCUAUGUCAAGUUAUGCCAAGAUCCUUGUUGUUUCUAUUUGGGUCAUUGUACAGUGCGAGCAGUGCGGAGACGUACUGAGGCGAGAAAAGCGUUACUCCAUUUGAUACAUUAUAUCAGUGUUAUAAAGACAGCAUUGUCAUGGGAGCAGAUGAUCGUUAACCAGUAACCUCUUUAAAUCCCAAACCACAGAGUCUUACCUGGGUGAUAUUUUUGCAUUUUUCCUUUUCACAUUUUCAGUGUUCUACUCUUUUCCCAGAAGCUCUGUAAAAACAGACGUGUACUUUAUGUACGUGGGUGACUGUGCGUGGACCAAUUUUGUAACAGUUGUACAAAGCCUUGUUAACUUAACCUGUGUAUAUAAAUACCAUACUUAAUAUAUUAAAUUAUUUGUUUUGGAAA